GCUCUGUCUGCUAUGGCGCGAGCACAAUAUUGGCAACGCUCUCGCGCCAGGUUUGUCAGGAACACGACAGCGGAAAGUCUCCCGUGUUUCUCUUUAAACCGGAAAUAAGCGACAGGCGGUGAGACACAGCGCGGACAGAGAGGGAGAGAGACAGAGGGGAAGGAGAGGAAGCGGCUGAGUUCGGAGAAAGGAAACGGACAGAGAGAGAGAGGAUAGAGGGAUUGGUUACAAAGUUGCGCUGACGGUUUUAAAAAAGAAAAGCGUUGAAACGAUAAUGGGAGAAAGAGACGCCGCGGUGCGCGCGAGCUGAACGUCCGAGAACGCGGUCACCUCAACUUGUUUAUUUGUGUACGGGUAAACAAAAACAACAAAAAAACACCAUGCCCGCGAAAACGAAGUACAAUUUAGUGGACGACGGACACGACUUACGGAUUCCUCUGCACAACGAGGAGGCUUUCCAGCACGGGAUUAAUUUCGAGGCGAAGUACAUCGGGAGUCUGGAUGUCGCUCGACCCAACAGCCGUGUGGAAAUAGUAGCUGCCAUGAGACGGAUCCGGUAUGAGUUUAAAGUGAAGAACAUCAAGAAGAAGAAAGUCAACAUCAUGGUCUCUGUGGACGGAGUGAAGGUUUUGCUGCGGAAAAAGAAAAAGAAAAAAGAAUGGACGUGGGACGAGAGCAAAAUGAUGGUGAUGCAGGACCCCAUUUACAGGAUCUUCUAUGUGUCGCACGAUUCACAAGAUCUGAAAAUCUUCAGUUAUAUAGCCCGAGACGGACAGAGCAACGUCUUCAGAUGCAACGUCUUCAAAUCCAAGAAGAAGAGCCAGGCCAUGCGGAUCGUGCGGACAGUGGGUCAAGCGUUCGAGGUCUGCCACAAACUCAGCCUGCAGCAUACCCAGCAGAACGCAGAUGGCCAGGAGGAUGGUGAAAGCCCCAAGACCUGCACAGACUCCGGUCUACAAGACCGGGAGUUGACCGGUGCUGAGAAGACACUGGCUGAAGAGACAGACAUCGAUGCAGAAGAGCCGCCGGUCCCCGACAGCACGGUGGACGAGUUCAGCCGAGGCGUCACCGACCUGGAUGCUGCUAAGACAGACGAUGAGGGUGUGAAGGACAAAAAGCCCUGUGAAGAUGCCUCCAUCCUGCUGGCUUCUCCAAAGAUGCUACUCCCAUCGUGCAGUGAGUUGGCAGCCAGCACGCCGCUCUCCAUGCACCACCAGCUCCAGCUCCUGCAGCAGCAGCUCAGCCAACAGCAGCAGCAGACCCAAGUGGCUGUCGCUCAGGUUCACCUGCUGAAGGAUCAGCUCUCGGCGGAAGCAGCAGCCAGGAUAGAAGCUCAGGCUCGGGUGCACCAACUGUUGCUUCAAAAUAAAGACCUUCUGCAACACAUCUCACUGCUGGUUAAGCAGAUCCAGGAGCUCGAGCUCAAACUGAACGGCAACGGCUCCAUGGGAUCUCAGGACAGUCUACUGGAGAUCACGUUCCGAGCCAACGUGCCCCCGAUCAUCUGCGAUGCGACGACGCCACGCCCUGAAGACAUGGUCCUGCCACCGCUGAACGACGGCACGCAGCUCGCCCUGCCCCUGAGCAGUCCUUUAGGUAGGGACCAAAGUCUGGCUAAGUUUGAGUGUUUCCGUUUUCUCCCGGGACCGCCUCAACAGGAUCAGAGCCCCGCCCCCUCCCAGGAAGUAUCACCCUCAUCCCGGGAGGAGCUGCUGGGGAGCCUGGAGCUGCUCAAGUUCCGCGAGUCGGGGAUCGCCUCGGAGUACGAGUCCAACACGGACGAGAGCGACGAGCGGGACAGCUGGGGGCUGCAGGAUGACAGCAGCCUUCGUCUGCUCAAUGUGCUCAACCGGCACGGUCCCUCUGACUGCCUGGACGAUGAAAUCGCCGUUUAG